AUGGGGUUGCUCCCACCUCUGCUCCUGCUCAUCAUCCCAGGCUCAUCAGCUGGCAUCACGGGUCCAGAAGAGGUGCGUGGCCCUGAGGGAGGCUCACUGACCGUGCAGUGUCGCUAUGUCCGAGGGUGGGAGACCUACGUGAAGUACUGGUGUCAAGGAGCUGAUUGGAGUAGCUGCAAGAUCCUUGCUAAAACCACCGGCUCAGAACAGGAGGUGAACAGGGACCAUGUGUCCAUCAGGGACAAUCAGACCAGCCGCACCUUCACCGUGACCAUGGAGAAGCUCAGGAGAGAGGACACACGCACUUACUGGUGUGCGAUUGAGAAAACCGGAGCUGACCUUAACGUCCCAAUAAGAGUGACCGUUGGCCCAGUGUCAACCACCAUGCUUACCACCAACACGUUCACAGUGCCAGUCCCUCCAGAAGCCAGUGCAAGCUCCCCAACUGUGACCAGCUCCCACUCCAAUGGCGGGUCCCUGCUCAGCAGCGUCCACUUCCUGCUCCUGGUCUUCCUGAAGCUGCCCCUGUUCCUGAGCAUGCUCGGGGCUGUCCUCUGGGUGAACAGGCCUCAGAGGGGCUCGGGGGCGGGCGGGCCGCCCCAUUCUGAGAACAGUGGUCCCCAGGGCCAUUGA